AUGUAUGCACAUGUGAAGGCACACACACACACAAACAAUCUUCUCAACUUGAAUGGUCCUUUUUCCUCUGUCUCUCUUCUCAAUUAUCACACAACUUCCUCCACCUGUCUGACUGUUUCCUGUCUUCAUGUUACAGGCAUCAACACAUACGGCUGGAGGCAGGCAGGAGUCAACCAUGUGCUCAUAUUUGAACUUAACCCUAGAAACAACCUGUCCCACCAACAUCUGUUUGAGAUUGCAGGUCUAUUGGGUGUGCUGUGGUGUGUCAGCCUGCUGUCCUGUCUGUUCAGUGACAGCAUCCUGGUACCAAUGCAGGCAAACCCUCUGGCUCUGUACGGCUUCUUCCUCCUCUUCCUCAUCAACCCUCUCAAGACGUGCUACUACAAGUCACGAUUCUGGCUGCUCAAACUCCUGUUUCGAGUGGUGACGGCUCCAUUUCAUCGUGUUGGCUUUGCAGACUUUUGGCUGGCUGAUCAGCUGAACUCUCUGGUGGUAGUUUUGAUGGAUCUGGAGUAUAUGAUCUGCUUUUACAGUUUUGAAUUGGACUGGAAAAAACAUAAUGGACUCAUCAGCAGUGAAGGUAAAGAUGUGUGUAACUCCUACUCCUACGGUGUCCGUGCGGUUAUCCAAUGCCUUCCUGCUUGGUUCCGAUUUGUCCAGUGUCUGCGACGUUACCGUGACACCAAACGGGCCUUCCCUCACUUGGUUAAUGCAGGGAAAUACUCAACAUCUUUCUUUGUCGUCACCUUUGCUGCCCUGUACAGUACACACAAAGUUCAACAGCAGUGUCAAGUAAUUCUCUCCACUCAACAAGAUUCAACUCCAACAUUAAAGGUUCAGUGUGUAGAAUUUGGUGACAUCUCAAGAUUGAUUAAUGUGUUCUGUCUCUCCCCACAGGCCUAUUACUACAGUGCUAUAGUGGAGGAUGUGUUGCUGCGUUUCUCAUGGACUUUGACUGUCACCCUCAGCGCAGUGUCUGGGUUUCAUGGCAUCUCUGAUAUUCUGGCUACUGUGCUCGCCCCAAUGGAAGUCUUUAGGCGUUUUGUGUGGAACUUUUUCCGACUGGAGAACGAACAUCUGAACAACUGUGGUGAGUUCAGGGCUGUCAGAGACAUAAGCGUGGCUCCGCUCAAUGCUGAUGACCAGACCCUGCUGGAGCAGAUGAUGGACCUGGAGGACGGAGUCAGAAAUCGGCAGGGCAAGAAGAGCUGGAAGAGGAGCUAUAGCAUGAGUCUACGUAGGCCACGACUUGCCUCACAGUCCAAGACCCGUGACACCAAGGUUUUGAUAGAGGACACUGAUGAUGACUCCUGACAUCAGGCCACGCCCCUCGCCUGGGUGCAGAAUUUGUUCAAAGGAGGGAACUCCACCUCCUAACCUAGGAAUUACCCAGUGAGUUGGGCAUUGAGCUCUCAACCAAGGACAGGUUUUAAACUCUCAUGCCUACAUAAUGCGUUUUCAGGAGGCUCUGCUUGGGUUCAGAAUCAAUUCAACAGUGGAACUUAAUCAAACUUGUACAAACAUCCUUGCCGAAAGGCCAUCAACCUCCUACUGCUACCUUCAGUAAGACCCAAGGGUGGGCUUAUCACUUACACCCUACCUUACCCAGCAGCGGGUGACAAACCUGUCUCCCUGUCACCCAUAACCACACAGAGGUAGACUCCAGAACUACAAUCACUCCUUCGCCAUUGCUUUGGUUCUCCUCAAAGCCUCAGCCUAGCAUGAACAAUGCAGCUAAAUGGAACGCAAGCUGAUAGCACUGACAGGAAGUGUCCCCGCUCCCUGUCCAUGCCACAUAACUCCACACAGGAAGAGACCGCUUCAAGGUGACUGCUGUUAAAAAUGUUGAAAAGUUUUACUCCCUGCCUUUAGCUGUUAGUCUCCUCCUACACUCCGAGCGUCCAGGCUUCAAGGCCUUGGAUAAAUGAUGUACCACCUCAAGAUCAUCUGUAAUUUGGACCCUGGAGUGAAUCUGAAACCACUUCUUUUUUCUUCUAGAAGAAUAAACAGAGUUGUAAAGUUGUCCUGCACUUCUCAGACCCUUGGCUUACCUGUUGGCUUACGCUGGCCAACAGAAUGUGCAGACACACAUUGUUCAUUGCUUUUCAGCUUGUCGCAUCAUCACAGAGCUGCCUAUCUGCACCUUACAUGCUUUAGAAACACACACACAGAAACAAGCACUUUGUCGGAAAAGUCUAUUGGAAUGCCUGUUGUUUGUUCACACAUACACAUACUCACACACACACACUCAUAAGCAGUGGUUUUUUUUAACCUGGGUUAAAAAGACACACACACAAACACAAGCUAUAUAUUAUUUGUAACCGUGGUUGUUGUAAAUAUGAAAUGGACCAAAGAAGGUGUGAAAAUAUUCAGAAAAAUUAAAAACGACUUUAUUGAACAGCAGCUGGAAUGACUGUUCAGCCACAGAGCUGAGAAAGAAUUGUUUGUUUGUCUGGAAAAGGAUUGUGGUCUUAAUUGUCCUGCAUUAACUCAAACACUGUGUGAUGAAAUACCCUCCGUUGUAAAGUUUAAACCAUUUUUGUUCAAUGUAUGCCAACAUAUUCAUGUAUGGAUGUGUGAGAGUGAUGCCUAAAUACCACCAGUCAACCCAUUCAGGCCAAUUACUUUUCAAAAGCUUAAAGAAACUGAGUGAAGAUGAAUCCAGAGGAAGUUUUCUCAGAAACUGUUAUUGUCAUCUGUAAAACUGUUCACUGAAAUGUGAUGAUGAAGAGGGAGGAGGUUGCCUGUCUGUCACAUGCUAGAUGUGAGCCUAAAUCUGAUUGGGGGGGGCAGCCACGUGGGAUUGAAUCUGAAUCGCUAUGUUUCUAGUCAUUCCUCAUAUGAAUGUUCAGUGUGGAUACAGUUCAGGAUUUAGGACUGUUUGGAGUCUAAGAUCUCUGAUUUCAUGACAGCUUUUUCGAGAAAUGAAUAUCGACACAUUUAUUUAUUUGUCUUUGUAUUUGUGCUGAAAUUGCUUGGGCAAGAGAAAAUGGCAAAAUAUGGUUGUAUUUUAUAUAUACUUGUGUUAUGUGUGUACACACACAAGGUUUUCAUGGCAAGGUUAAAGAUUUUUUUUCCCUAUACACAGACACGUUUGUUUUUCUAUAGUUGCGAGGACGCUUAUUAGCAUAAUGCAUCCCCUAGCCCAAGUCUUAAGCCUCAAAAGUCUCUUUAAAAUUGUGAAGGCUGACAAAAUAUCCUCUCAUUUAUGCUUUUGAUUGUGUCAGAUGAAUACCAGUCAGGAAAAAUGGAGAAGUUGUAGCUCCGAUAUGUAUGAAUGGAGGACACAAAAUGAGAAAUUAGUAAAAACACUGAUCCAAAUCAGUUCUGUAGUAUUGUACUCACUACGUUUAAUUUAUUACAUCAGAGGCGUUAUUCUUGGCUUCAGGGAAUGUCAUCCCCUCAGUCUUUUUGACCAAAGCAUUGUGGUUUUGCAUUUGUAGUUUGACAAUGUCCAUCAACAGCAGCACUGCAUGCACUAAUUUCAGUGUGUGUUUCCAAUUCAUCAGAGCCAUAAAACAGAAUCCUCUGCUGUUGUUUGGUAGAGACAAUUAGUUAUGUUUACACUG